GAUUGUUCAUCUUCAGAAGAAUACAGCAUUGCUGCAGCAUUGCUACCCUUGACAACUGCUUUUUAUAGGAAAUUAGCACCUGGAGUUAGUCAGUUUGCUUACACCUGUGUACAAGACCAUCCUAUCUGGACUAACCAACAGUUUUGGGAAACAACCUUUUAUAGCAAUGUACAAAAUCAAGUUCGCUCCCUCUACCUAACAGCCAAAGAUGACAACCAUGCAGUACUGUUGAGACAAAAGGAGAGAAAUUCCAUAGGUUCAGACCAGGAUAAGACAGCAAUGGACCUGGCUGCUGAGCAGUUGCGGUUAUGGCCAACUCUUACUAAACAAACACAGCAAGAGCUAGUCCAGAAUGAGGAAAGUACAGUUUUCAGUCAGGCAAUUCAUUUUGCUAACCUCAUGGUCUACCUGCUAGUACCACUGGAUACAACUAAGAACAAGUUAUUGAGAACAUCGGCUACAGGUGACUGGGAGAGUGGAAGCAACAGUAUUGUUACAAACAGUAUUGCAGGCAGUGUUGCAGAGAGUUAUGACACUGAAAGUGGAUUUGAGGACUCUGAGAACAAUGACGUUGCAAAUGCAGUUGUACGCUUCAUCACCAGAUUUAUUGACAAGGUUUGCACAGAGAGCGGAGUUACACAGGAUCACAUCAAGGGUCUUCAUUGCAUGAUACCAGGCAUUGUAGCCAUGCACAUAGAGACCCUGGAGGCUGUCCAUCGUGAGAGUAGGCGGCUUCCACCAAUACAGAAGCCCAAAAUACUACGACCAACUUUACUGCCAGGAGAAGAAUUUGUUUGUGAAGGUCUCCGUGUGCUACUGGAUCCUGAUGGCAGAGAGGAAGCUACAGGAGGACUGCUUGGAGGUCCUCACAUCCUCCCUGCUGAAGGAGCUUUAUUCCUUACCACUUACAGAAUUAUAUUUAAAGGCACUCCUCAUGAUCAACUGGUUGGAGAGCAGACGGUGAUCCGGAGCUUUCCUAUUGCAUCCGUUACGAAGGAGAAGAAGAUCACUAUACAGAACCAGCUGCAGCAGAGUAUGCAGGAAGGACUGCAGAUCACUUCAGCUACCUUUCAGUUAAUUAAAGUAGCAUUUGAUGAAGAAGUAAGUCCUGAAGUGGUGGAAAUAUUUAAGAAACAAUUAAUGAAGUUCCGUUAUCCUCAAUCUAUCUUCAGCACUUUUGCAUUUGCAGCUGGGCAAACAGCACCACAGAUAAUUUUACCAAAACAAAAAGAAAAGAACACUUCAUUCCGUACCUUCUCAAAAAGCAUUGUGAAAGGUGCAAAACGUGCUGGGAAGAUGACAAUUGGACGCCAAUAUUUAUUAAAGAAGAAGACAGGCACAAUAGUGGAAGAAAGAGGGAAUCGGCCAGGCUGGAAUGAAGAUGACGAUAUCUCUGUUUCAGAUGACAGUGAGCUGCACACAAGUGGUACCCUAAAAGCAUCAGAAAAAUCAACAAUGGAGCAGUUAGUAGAAAGAGCUUGUUUCAGAGACUAUCAACGUUUGGGACUAGGAACCAUCAGUAGUAACUCUUCUCGUUCAAAAACGGAAUACUUAAGAAUAACUGCACUGAACAGGAUGUAUUCACUUUGCAGGAGUUAUCCUGGGCUUCUGGUAGUACCUCAGUCUGUUCAAGACAGCAGUCUGCAGAGAGUUGCUCGCUGUUACCGUCACAAUCGCCUACCAGUUGUCUGUUGGAAGAACACUAAAAAUAGUACUCUUCUACUUAGAUCUGGAGGAUUUCAUGGAAAAGGUGUUGUUGGCCUCUUCAAAUCCCAAAACACACACACCACAGCUCCUGCUUCUUUAGAAUCUUCAAGCAGUAUAGAACAGGAAAAAUACCUACAAGCCUUACUGAAUGUGAUAUCCGUCCACUGCAAAAUGAAUGGCAGUAAUACUCUCACUGUUAGACCAACAAUUGCUUUGUCUCCAGGUGUAUGGGCGAGUCUUCGUUCAAGCAACCGAUUUAUCAACACUCAGACUCCAUUCAUUGAUGUUGGUGCAAGACUUGCAGGGAAAGAUAACACCACUUCCUACAGUAGCAGCACUUUUCUGCAAAGUCAGCUUCUGAGACGGCAAGCAGCGCUCUAUAUUUUUGGAGAAAAAUCUCAGUUACGGGGAUUCAAACUUGAUUUUGCUUUGAAUUGUGAAUUUGUUCCUGUUGAAUUCAGUGACAUCCGACAGACAAAGGCCAGCUUUAAAAAGCUGAUGAGAGCUUGUGUUCCCAGCACUAUUCCUACAGAUUCUGAGGCAACAUUCCUUAAAGCGCUUGGGGAGUCAGAGUGGUUCCCACAGCUUCACAGGAUAAUGCAAUUGGGUGUGAUCAUCUCUGAGCUACUGGAAAAUGGUUCUUCUGUUAUGGUUUGUUUGGAAGAUGGUUGGGAUAUUACUGCACAAGUAGUAUCUCUGGUGCAGUUACUCAGUGAUCCUUUCUAUAGGACACUUGAAGGCUUCCGAAUGCUCGUGGAAAAAGAAUGGCUCUCUUUUGGUCAUAAAUUCAGUCAACGUAGUAAUCUGACUCUCAAUUGUCAGGGUAGUGGAUUUGCUCCUGUUUUCUUACAGUUCUUAGACUGUGUGCAUCAGAUUCAUAACCAAUACCCCACCGAGUUUGAGUUCAAUCAAUAUUAUCUGAAGUUUCUGGCUUUUCAUCACAUAUCAAAUCGAUUUAAAACCUUUCUUCUGGAUUCAGACUAUGAAAGACUAGAACAUGGGACAUUGUUUGAAGAUAAAGGAGAUAAACAUGCCAAAAAAGGAAUUUGUAUUUGGGAAUGUAUUGAAAAGAUGCACAAAAGGAGCCCUAUUUUCUUCAAUUAUCUCUAUGCCCCUGCUGAAAUAGAGGCACUGAAACCAAAUGUAAAUAUGUCCAGCCUCAAAAAGUGGGAUUAUUAUGUAGAAGAGAUUUUGGCUACAGGUCCUUCCUAUGAUUGGACCAUGGUAACUGCAAAAUGCAGUGUUUCAGAGGAAACCGACCAAACAGAUGGUUCACUCUCUCAGACAAAAAGGAAAAUAGUAUGGCCAUGUUAUGAUGAUGUUAAAAAAAUACAACCUGAUGCCAUCAGCAGCCUUUUAAAUGAAAUCGAAAGGUUGGAGAGUAAAUUAAAUCAGAGCCCAGAAAGAUGGCAGCUUUUGUGGGAGAGGGUCAAAAUGAAUCUAAAGGAUGAAACCAGACAAGACAAUCUCCGGAGACAUCCUUCUGGCUCCUCAGGGAUGAUGUCAGCUAAUCUACAUUCCUAUCAGAAGAGGUCUUUGUUGGAAAUACCUGAUAGUGGGCUGGGUGAGGAACAGAGUGCAAGCAUCUCUCCCUCUAAUGGAGUAGAUAGAAGAACAACUACACUAUAUAAUCAUUUCGCAUCAAAGAAUGAUGAAAACAGAUCUUUUGAAGGUACGCUAUACAAAAGAGGAGCUUUACUAAAAGGUUGGAAACCUCGCUGGUUUGUGCUGGAUGUGACAAAACACCAGCUGCGAUACUAUGAUUCUGGUGAGGAUACAAGCUGUAAGGGACACAUAGACCUUGCAGAAGUAGAAACUGUGAUUCCUGCUUCUCCAACAAUUGGAGCCCCAAAACAUGCAAGUGAAAAAGCAUUUUUCGAUUUGAAGACAAAUAAACGUGUAUAUAAUUUUUGUGCCCAAGAUGCACAGAGUGCUCAACAGUGGAUGGAUAGGAUCCAGAGUUGCAUUUCAGAUGCUUAGAAAGGAAAAAUGUUCCAUAAUAAAGACAUGUUAAAAGCACCUCUUCCUGUAAGAAGCUAAGUUUUGAAAUGUCACUGACAGACAACCAGCCAUAAAAGUUCAUAAUAUGCUAAAGUUCCUUUUCUGUUUAAUAAUUAUAACCACUGUAACUGCUAUUUUUUUCUGCAGGGAAGACUUUGAAAAAUAAUAAUCCAUUUAUCCUGAAUUUCCACUUCACUACAAUUCCUAACUAUAAAAGUCGCUGUAUUUGCACUAUCAUCUAAUCCUGGUUUUCUUAUUUCAGAGCUAUUUUGUUAGGAAACCUGUCCAAAGGAAAUUGUAGAAAUUUUCCCUCCAACAGGAAGUGUGUUUUCACUUUAUUUAUAUUUUUAAACAGAAUGUUCUUAUUUCCAAGGUAGUCAUGAAUAAGAGGGAACAUGUCUACAAUUCCU